AUGACUCAAACACCUGGUCGCGCUUUGUCAAGCAACAAUGCGACUGCAAACUCGCCAAACCUAAACACAACCCCGUUGAAUAACACUCCCAUGACCCCAAACAGCACCAAUAAUACUCCAAGAACUCCAAGAAGUAAUUCAAUUACAAAUAAUAAUUCAAUCAUUUCACCUCCGAUAGUUGAAACAAUGUUGAAAACUCAAAUUCCGUUAUCGAUCCGAGAAUUGGAUGAAGAAAUCAUUUUGCAGAAAUUAUUUUGUUUGUGUUGUAUGAGUGGAUCUAAUGGACGGCGAGCAAGUGAUUUAUUAAGUAAGACUCCUGUUAAUAAUAAUAAUAUCACCCCAAGCUUCGAUGAUCAAACCGAUCAAAAAUUGAGCAUAGGAGCAUCCCAAAACGAGCAAACGUUUAUUAAUUUACUAACUGCUCUCAACAACAUUAAUCCAAAAUUUGUAAAUAGACAAGACUACUUGGGAAGAACACUUUUAAUCAAUGCAAUUAUCAACGAACACUUUACCUAUAUUACUACCCUUCUGAGCUUUAAAUCUGUGGAUGUGACAAUUAAAACCUUUAACACGCAGAAAAGUGCGUACAUGUUCGCUGCUGAGAAAGGAUUUACUGAUCAAGCAUUAAAAAUUUUGAAGAGUUCAAAUGUAAAUGAUUGUGACGCAAAUGGAAAGACAUUGCUCAUGUACUCCAUUGAAUAUUAUUCUCUAGUUCAUGAACUUAUCAAGAGAAGAGCAAAUUUAAAUGUCAAAGACAAUCAAGGUCGAACAUGCUUAAUGUUCGCGUUAUCAAAGAUAGACAAGUCGACAUAUCCUUUCUAUCAACCAUCUCUAAACCAAGUAAUAGAUAUAUUGAUUAGCAAUGCUACAGAUCUUAGCGAGACGGAUAACGAGGGUAGAACCUUAUCAGAUUAUGCCAGCAAAACAGAAAAUAAGGACAUUGUUCAAAAACUGAAAUUCAAGAUUGUCGAGUUAAACAAGGCUCAAAACUAA